AUGCACAACAUAACGGUUCUCUUGGUCUCACUAUACUCCCCUCCGACAGCUAAUAUAGAUACAACUAUCCAGCGAAUGCAGCAACUACUUCAGCGGUACAGGUCCCAUAACAUCUUAUGUGCUGGGGAUUUCAACGCCCACAGUUCCACAUGGGGAUAUGCCAGCACUGAUCCUAAAGGCCGGAUGCUAGAAGAUUUCUUUUCUAGUCAAAAUAUGAGCGUACUUAAUCAUCAUGAUGCUGCACCCACCUUCGAUCGCGUCCACUCACAGGGAUGGCCCGACCUUACAGUAGCAACAUUGCAAAUUGCGCAAAAGAUUCAGGAUUGGACGGUCGUGGAAGGCUUAAGCCUUUCAGACCACAAUUAUAUUAGAUUUUCUAUCGCCAGUGAGACAGCCACCUCGAUAAUCAAGAGGUAUAACUUGCCAGGUAAUAAAGUAAGGACAUUUGCUGCAGCCAUUAAAUCCCAACUUGCCCACUUCGCAGAGUUGAUCGAACAAGCAACUACCACCGAAGCCUUACAAGUUAUCACGAGUGACAUAAUGUCCACCAUAAGAACAGUUUGUAAUGAAUUGUUGCCAACCAGAACAACCAAAAAGAUCUCUAAUCUAAACUGGUGGAGCAGUCAUCUCAGAGAACAACAGCAGAAAUUUCGCGCCCUUAGACGCCGUCUUAAGCAGGAGCGGCGUCACAAUAUUUCUUCUAACACGCUCAUCACCUUUCAACAGGAAAGAGCAAAAAUAUAA